AAGUGAGAGUAAUGCCGUGGACUAAUGACAGCACCUUCUCUGGGUUCAUUCUGGUAGGUUUUUCUGACCGACCUCAGUUGGAGCUGGUUCUCUUUGGGGUAAUCAUGUCCCUUUACCUCAUGACACUCCUCGGCAAUGCUGCCAUCAUCCUAGUAUCCGUCUUGGACUCUAAACUCCACAAUCCCAUGUACUUUUCCCUCUCCCAUCUCUCAUUACUGGACCUUUGCGUCACCAGCAGUAUUAUUCCUCAGCUUCUGGUCAACCUGGGGGGUCCAGAUAAGUCUACCACGUAUGGAGGCUGUGUGGUUCAGCUCUACGUCUCCCUUGCCCUGGGAUCCACAGAGUGUGUCCUUUUGGCUGUGAUGUCCUACGAUCGCUAUGUCGCAGUCUGUCGUCCUCUGCAUUACGCCUCUGUCAUGCACCCUCGGCUCUGUCACAUCCUGGCAUCUAUGGCGUGGCUCAGUGGUCUGGCAACCGCCCUGAUACAGUCUACUCUCAUGCUGCAGCUGCCCUUCUGUGGGCAUCGCCUUGUGGAUCAUUUCUUCUGUGAGGUUCCUGUGCUCAUCAAGUUGGCUUGUGUGGACACCACCUUCAACCAGGCAGAGCUCUUUGUGGCUAGCGUCUUAUUCCUGGUGGUGCCCUUGUCGCUCAUCCUGAUAUCCUAUGGGCACAUCACCCAAGCAGUUCUAAAGAUAAAGUCAGCCAUUGGAUGACGUAAAGCNUUUGGGACCUGUUCCUCCCACCUAGUGGUGGUCUCUCUCUUCUACCUACCUGCCAUCUACAUGUACCUGCAGCCCCCUUCCAGCUACUCCCAAGAGCAGGGCAAGUUUAUCUCCCUUUUCUAUUCCAUAAUCACUCCCACCCUCAAUCCUUUCAUCUAUACCCUGAGGAAUAAGGAUGUGAAGGGUGCUCUGAGAAGACUCCUGGCAAGGAUCUGGAGGCUCUGCACAAGAUGA